GGAAGCAUAAACCCGGAGCCGGGCGGGAGCUGCGGAUCCUCCCGCGCGUCCUGGCCCAGCGCCGCCGCGGAUCCGCCUCUGCGUCCCCCAGUGCGCAGGGCUGUCCCGCACGGAGAAGGGCAGCAGGGGCCCAUCCAUCCUCCCAAUGCCAGAGAGAAAUUCCAUCAUCUGAUCAAUCUUCCUGAAGCAAACUAAGGCCAGAGGGAGAGUUAUCAACCUUUGAAGACAAAGACUAAACUGAAAUUUAAAAUGUUCUUCAGGGAAGGAUGGAGCCUGACUUACACUUUUGUCAUAAUUUGUUCCCUGAGGCUGUCCACCAGUCAGAACUGCCGCACCGAGAGUCUAGAAGACGUUGUCAUUGACAUCCAGCCCUCCCUUUCUAAAGGCAUCAGAGGCAAUGAGCCCAUACGUACAUUAACUCAAGAAGACUGCAUUAAUUCUUGCUGCUCAACAAAAAACAUAUCAGGAGACAGAGCGUGUAACCUGAUGAUCUUUGACACUCGAAAAACAACUGGACAACCCAACUGCUACCUGUUUUUCUGUCCCAGUGAGGAAGCCUGUCCCCUGAAACCAGCAAAGGGACUUAGGAGUUGCAGGAUAAUUAGAGAUUUUCCAUCUUUGGCCAGAACUGAUUUGCCAAGCCCACGGGUAACGCAAGAAGAUUCUCUCUUCCGUGGAGGGUCUCUGCACACCAUCACUCCCAUGCCCCCUCCGCUGGCAGGUUAUUCAAAGCCCACUAUCUUAUGGAGAGAUUCAGUUUCUCAGAAGUUUGGCUCCUCGGGUCACGUGGAGAAACUACUCAAGAUUGAUCAAGCGAGUCCACAGAUGCCUGUUUAUAAAGAAAAAGGCCAUUCUCAGAAUUCACUGUCUUCUUCAGAACAAAAAUUAGCUCCCCUUCUGCCUGGCAAUGUGACAACCUUCCCCACCACCGUGGCGGCCGCUUCUCUGCACACCAUCCCGGCCGCCCGGAAGCCCACGUUUCUGCCCGCCCCCAGUGCUGUAGUGAUGCCUUCGGGGCCUGGGGUGGCCACCUCCGCUCCACCUGCAGCCAAGGUCACUUCCCCACCUCCCACAGCUCCCGUUUCUGCAGUUUUGACCCGUGCUGUGCUUCCACCCCAAGCUAAUGGGGCUGCCACAGCAGCUCUGACUUCCCUCUUUGGGGCAUCGACAGACUGGAAAGGCCCAGCAGAAACGGUGCCCUUUAGAGACAUUUCCAACCUGACCUUGAACACAGAGGGUGCCCGUGAACCUUCUCCCUUUCCUUUGUCAGAUGCAGAUUCUUCCGCAGCAAAUACAACAGCUUCCCAGGAAGACGGGAAGACCGGUCCAGGCGGCGCCCCCCAGAGCAGUGUUCCAGAAAGUCAUCACGGCCUUCCGUUUGAAAAGUGGCUUCUCAUUGGGACCCUGCUCUUUGGGAUUCUGUUCCUCGCGAUAGGCCUUGUCCUCUUGGGCAGAAUGCUCUCGGAAUCCCUCCACAGGAAACGUUACUCCAGGCUUGAUUAUUUGAUCAAUGGAAUCUAUGUUGACAUCUAAGGAGGAAAUCGGAGAUCUCUUAAACUCAUGUGGCUGCUAGUAGCCCAAAUGCAGGGAGUUUCUGCUCACUUGCUCAUCUUGGAUUUUUUUAAAGUAUUUUGAAGGUAGGCAGAUGCCUCCUACCACUUUCUUUUUGCUUUUUCUUUGGUGGAGGGCAAUUAGGUGAUUUGAGCAAUCUGUCUCUAAAAUACUAGCUGAAAACAAAGCUCUACCUAAAGUAAUAAAGAAUAAUUGCCACAUAAAUUGGAAAAUGACUGGCUUUUUACAAGGCAAAAUGGUUAGGACUCCUAGGCUCCAAUGCAUUAAUAUUUCUGGUGCCAGAUAAAGUCGACUGUUUAUGAUAUUAGUUCUAAUGGAUUUACUUUCCUUUUUAUUUGAAUUCCAGUAAAACUUAUUCCAGAUGUAUUUCCUUCCAAUUAAAUAUUUGAAUAAAUCUCUUGUUACUUAGUAAUGUUCUUGUAAGUGACGUGUCCAGCUGGAUAACUUUAAAUUUAUUACCAUCAGCAAAAUGAUUAAAUGAUGAAAGUAUGCGUUCUAAGCUAAAAUGACAAAUUCCUCCCUUUUCCCAUCAGUGAGCAAAGACGUUCCUUUGGGAGAAUUCUAGCCGAAUGUUAAUCUGCAUGGAGACAGUGAUAAGUGAAUUCUAAUAAAUGGCCAAAUCUA